AUUAGAGCCAUAUAUUGAUAGUGAUGUAACUUAAUGAAAACAGCUUACCAAUGCAAAAAAUGUAAACUAAUGGAAACAUCUUCACACUCAGCUGUUAAAGGGCUUAGGUAUUUUGCAACACUGACCAACGAAUAGCAUCAAUAUUUUUGUGUGUGGUCAGGUGAAUCGAAUUUUUUAAGAAUUUAGGGCUAAGAUAGACUGAGCGGUGCAUCGCAUGCAUGCACGCUUUAAUGCAAUGCAGCGCACUCCACAGGAACAGAAACAAUUAAAGCUGCAUCAGCAGCAACAGCACAUAGAAGAGAAACAGCAGCAGCAGCAUCAUCAUCAUCAUUACCAACAACAACAACAUAACAGUAACAGUAACAGUAAUGGGACGCACAUUGCUGGCUGCAGCAAUACCACGCCCACAACGGCAGCAACGAAUGCAGCUGGUGGCGCCACAGGACUGACCCCGCCUCGUACCUUGGCACUGAAUCAAAACUAUGCUGCCUCGGACACAUCGGGCGAGCAUGAGGGAGAUACGGACUAUCCCGAUUCACGGUAUGAAUGCGCCAUUUGCAUAGACUGGCUAAAUGAGCCGGUGCUGACGUCAUGCGGUCAUCGAUUUUGUAAGAGUUGCCUCAGUGAUUGGCUGCAGAAUCACAACCAAUGCUGCCCACUUGACAAUAAGCAGCUAUCCGCCGAGCAGGACAUUUUUCCCGAUAAUUAUACGCGCCGCGAGAUUGAGCAAAUUAAGCACAAGUGCCCGAACUCGCCGCACGGUUGUUCCGUUGUGGCCUCUCCAAUUGAGUUGCAUCGGCAUUUGCCUAGCUGCCCGUACCGCCGGCAACAGCAACAGCAGCAGCUUGAGGAGAAGUGCCCCUUUGCUAGCAUUAAGUGCGAUUUUGUGGGCCGCCCAGAGACCAAUCAGCUGGAGGAGCAUCUUAAAACAGAUAUGCCGCAUCAUAUGCAGCUCAUGCUGCAGGCUUUCCAACAAACGGCCAUUGAUACCUGGCAGCCGCAUAAAUCCACCUCCAACUCAGCGCUGGAGAACGGGCACAAAGCUGGACAGCUGCCACCUCCGCCACAGUAUGCGAAUGGAGUUGACGAGCAAAUCGUUCAGACCAUGUAUCAACGCAUCGUUGUGCUGGAGCAGCGCACACGCGAACAGGAGACACGCAUCGAGAAUCUCAACAAGCAGCUGCGACGCCAACAGCCCAUCGAUGCACGCUAUAGUAACGGCACAAUCGUCUGGCAAAUCGAGCAGUUGACAACUUUGAUAGAACGACUGCGCGCCAAUGCAAAUAACCAGGUUUAUUCGCACGAAUGCUAUACGUCACCGUAUGGUUAUAAGUUUUGCGCGCGUCUCAACAUACAGCCGCGAAAGCCGCAUGUGCUCAGUCUGCACGUGCAUCUGAUGCAAUCGGAUAACGAUUUCCAUUUGGAUUGGCCAUUCAAGGGCCGCAUCAAGCUCUGCAUGGUGCAUCCGGGUGACGCAAGUCUGUCACAGCAUGACACCAUCAUGACCAAACCGGAGAUACUCGCCUUCCACCAACCGCGCGAGGCCAUCAGCACACGCGGCUUUGGAUUUCUCGAGUAUGCCAACAUAUCCAAUAUAAUGCACUUGGGCUUCUGUGCCGACAAUCGGCUCUUGAUCAAGAUUGAGAUUAACAUUGUUUGAAUUGAAUUGAAUUGCCCAGAAUUAACCACAAACCAUGUUCUCAAUAUACUAUAUGCUUCUAUAUACAUACAAACAAUAGGCGCUAAAAUAUGUAUAUUUUAUAUAGACGUUAUACGACUUUCGAAUAUUAUUCAGAAAGGCAAAAUCGUAAAAACAUCACAGCGAAGCAAUUUUUAUACCAUAGUU